CAACACCAUAGGUGCUGCAUUUGGCAGGAAGUAGUAACACCCUAGGUGCUGCAUGCACCGCGGUGCAGCGUAUACCCUUUUCUCUCUCGCUCUCUUCUUCCCUUCGCCUCCACGGUCGCUUGGGGUUUCUUUUCCUUCUGCAACCUUCUCCCUUCUCCUAGCGGGGAAACAUCACUGCCGAGAGACAAAUAAUGGUGUGCGAGAAGUGCGAGAAGAAAUUGUCGAAGGUGAUCGUGCCCGACAAGUGGAAGGAGGGCGCCAGCAAUACCACCGAAAGCGGCGGCCGUAAGAUCAACGAGAACAAACUCCUGUCCAAAAAGCACAGAUGGACCCCUUAUGGAAAUGCCAAGUGCAUCAUUUGCAAACAGCAAGUACAUCAAGAUGCCAAAUACUGCCAUACCUGUGCUUACUCUAAAGGGGUCUGUGCUAUGUGCGGGAAGCAAGUGCUGGAUACAAAGUUUUACAAGCAAAGCAAUGUGUGAAGCUGGUGGCAUAAUACUACUGUUGUGAGGCUCUCUGAAUUUGACCUCACAAUAUGUGCUUCAAAUUAUUUCAGGCAAGACAAGUGGAACUAGUGUGUCUCUAGCAGGUCUGAUAUUUUAAUACUGCUGCAUGGAAAAGUGGAGACUCCAUUCUGUAUGCACAGCUAGAUCUGUUGUUUCAAUUGACAGAAAUUUAACUGUACCUUUUUUUAUUAAUUUCUCUAAGAACUGGUUCGCACGUGCUGAUAAUUUCAUCUGUAUAGGCUUGUAGCUAUCCAUAUUCCUUUUGUAGUUUUGCAGACCCACUAAAAUUUAUUAUGCUCGCUCU